AUGGCGACCUCAAGCUCCACCCGGCUGGGGUGGCUUGGCGUCAAGGUCGCCUCCAUCCAGCGGUUGGAGUGGCUCCGGGCAGGCAGGGAGUUUACCCUCUGCAUUAGCGUCCGUGGCGGGUCUGUUGUCCGGCUGGGCGGGUUCAAGGAGGCGGACGUGGGCGUUCUCCGUGCCCAUGUGGAAAAGCACUUUGGUGUCGAGCUCGAGGAGGACACGGUCUCGGCUCGAGGCAUCAACUGGGGCGAGCUCGGUGUGGCGUCCAAGAUGGUCAACCUGCGUGCGCCGGACGGGAGCCUCAUUCUCUCGCUCCCGCUGGGAGACGUGGCACAGGCUGUGGUUCAGGGCCGCAAGUCGGACGAGCUUGUCUUUGACUUUCACCAGGACGACUCGGAGAUGCCGAUCGAGGUCAUGCAGCGGAUCGCGUUCACCAUUCCGGCGUCUGUCGACGAGAACGGCGAGGAGGUUGCGAGCGGGGCCGAGCGGGCGGCCGCACUGCGGAAACAGGUUGUGGAGGAAGGCGAUCUGGAGCUGGCGUCUGGCGCCGCGCUCUGCACGCUCGAGCAGAUGCAGCUCAAGACGCCGCGCGGCCGGUUCACCUUUGAGAUGUACAGCAAGUUCAUGAUUCUUCGUGGCCGGGCGCAGGACCACAAGAUCAUGUACUCGACGGUGACUCGGCUGUACCUUCUCCCGCCGCCCGACGAGAAGUCUGUUGUGCUUGUCAUCUCGCUCGACCCGCCGAUCCGCCAGGGCCAGACCCGGUACCCGCACUUGCUGGUCUCGUUCAAGACCUCGGACUCGAUCUCGGUCUCGCUCAACAUGACGCAGGACGAAAUCAACGAGCGGUUUACCAAGUUCACGACCGAGCCGCUCGAGCCCGAGAUGAGUGGCGCCAUUUUCGAGGUUGUCCCACUCAUCAUCAAGCACUUUGUCGGCCGGACCAUUGCUGCGCCAAGCUCGCAGGACGGGUUCUUUGCCAGCGACGGCUCCAAGGCGGUCCGCUGCUCCGUCGGCGCCUCGGAUGGGCUCCUCUUCCCGCUCGCCCGCUCCAUGUUCUUCAUCCACAAGCCCGCGCUCUACAUCCGCUUCUCCGAGAUCACCUCGGUCGAGUUUGCCCGUGUCGACGACGCAUCGUCCAAGAAGGUCUCUAAGACCUGCGACCUCGUGGUCCACACCAAGAGCGGCACCUCGCACUCGUUCAUCAACAUUCCUCGCGCCGACUACCAGAACCUUUACAACUAUCUCAACACGGCAGGCGUCAAGGUCAGCUCGGUCUCGAUCGCUCCGCAGGCCUCCAACUCGUUUGUGCCCAUGGACGAAAUCGACCUCGGCGUCGACGACGGCGUCCCUGGCGGCCUCGACUCGGAGGACGAGGACGAGGACUUCCAGGCCUCCGAGUCAGGCACCGACUCGUUCGAGUUUGCCUCGGACGACCUCUCCGAGCCCGAGUCGGAUGACGAUGACGAUGCCAAGGCAAAGUCCAAGUCCAAGUCCAAGAAGAAGAAGAAGAAGAAGAAGAAGAAGGCCAAGCGGUCUCGCUCAGACUCGGAUGACGACGAUUUGGCUGCCGCCGGCAACAGCGGCGACGCCAACGACGACGACGAUGCUGCUGUCAACAACGACGAUGCCGCUGCCUCGUCGCUGCAGCCACCUGCCAAGAAGGCCAAGACGACUACGGCUGCUGCUGCUGCUGGCUCGGACGAAGACGAUCUCUUUGGCUCGGUCUCCGAGUCGGCCGAGUAAACCCAACCCAUGUG